AUGAUUAUAUUCAAUAGAUUUGUAUGUAAUCGUUGGUUAGAUAGGAGAGAAGAUGAUGGUAAAAUAGAACUUGAUUUAACACCAUCAGAAGUAACCAAGAAAGCUGGUGUUAUUCCAUAUGAAAUCUCAGUUUUUACAGGUGAUUUAUAUGGAGCUGGUACUGAUGCGAAAAUAUUUAUUCAAAUGUAUGGUUUAUAUGGUAAAACUGAAGAAAUUGUUUUCAAAAAUUUUCAAGGCGAUCGACUGCAACGUCUUAAUCAAAUUAGUUCAGCUGAUCCAAAUAUUGAAGAAUAUUGGUUUGUUUGUCGGCAAUGGUUUGACAAGAUAAAAAUUGCAACACCAACUCGAGUUGAUGUUGUACAAGAUGAAAUGGGUGUUACUGCUUCAACAAUUGCAACAGAGGCGGUAUCAACCUGUCAUUUUAUACUGCUUAUGGGAUAUUACAAUCUCCAAAGAUUUGCUCUCCUCUAUCAUACACCGGCUCAUUAUACAUCAUCAUCAGAAACAGCAUCAGAAGAGCCAUCAACAUCAGGUUCAUCAUCAGGUUCAUCAUCUCCUCAACAAAUAGUAUGGACAGCAAUGUCUGCAUUGGUAGACUUGCUGAAGAAAAUAGGGGAAGAGUUAAUUGUAUUUAUCCCUUCUACACUCGAUACACAAGUCGAAUACAUCGACUUUAGUUUAUUUAAUAAUCUUAAAAUACUCGUUGGUGGUAGUGUUGAUCAUGAUUAUGAUUUAAUUCAUAAUGGUUUUAAUUUAUUAAAUGAUGAAAAUAAUAAUCAUGAAAUUCUAACUGAACUUGAACAACAUCCAUCAUUUUAUUUAAUCCAAAAAUUAAACAAUAAUAUAAAAAUUUUAAAACCUAUGACAUUUUAUCAAUCAAAACAAUUUACAAAAUUAGGAUUGAAAGGUGUAGAUGUACCUGAACCACCGUGUUUAUUCGUCAAAUAUGAUUGUUUAUUAAAUGUUGCUAAUAUAUUCAUCGAGUUAUAUAUUAAUUCAUCUACAACAUACUGUCUUGCUUCAAUGUAUAUUAACUUUAAUGAUGAUGAUGUACAAUAUCUCUGGAAAUUGGAGCACCGUGAAAUUAAUGAAGCACAAUUGGAUAUGAGAGCAAAUUCUUUGGAGUUAGAUUGGUUGAACAAAUCUGUUGAUUUUAUUUCUUCUCAAAUUAAUGAUGAUAAAACUUCUGAAUUAUCUGAUGAACAAGAAAAUUCUGAAUUAUCAAUUGAACAAGAAAAUUCUAGCAGUUUAAAUGUAGCUAAUCAAUUGCGAUAUGAUUUAAUUGAAAAACCAAUGACAAUGUUCAAAUCAAAUUUAAAUAAAACUCAAGUAGUUCUUCAUGUUAAAUUUAAUCAGUUGGUUAAUAUACAUUCAGUUUCAAUUAAAGCAUCAGAAAAUAAUGGUCCUAAAACUAUAAAGUUAUUAUUAAAUCAAGAAACAGUUGACAUUGAUUAUGUUAAUACAAAUGAACCGAUUGAAACUAUCGAGUAA